AUGUCCAGGGUUGCAAUAGAGUCAACUUUAGGAGGGCCUUUUCAAGAGAUUUGUUCUUCGCUUUUUGGCGUUCUUUUUCUCCGUGACAGAGAGAUCGACACUCGGAAUUUCUUAAGUCUAUUGAUCUUUCUCUUCGGUGAUUCCCUUCCAAUCAUUUUUCUGUCUUUCUUUCUUGUAACCUUUUUUUUUUUUUUUUUUUUUUUUGCUGAAUUUAUUAUUUCUCUCAUAUCUUCUUUCUUUCUAUGCUCUUCUUUUUUAUUUUUUUUUUCAUCUCUAAUCUUCAUUAUUUUACUUCCAUCGCUUCUUUCCUCUUCUUUCUCUCGCGCUUUUUUCUUUCUUUCUUUCGUCUCUUGUAUUCGCUGGUUCUUUCUUUCUUUUUUCGUUUCUCAUAUUCGCUCAUUCGUUCGUUCUUUCUAUUCUUCUUUCUUUCUUAACUUCGUUCUUUCUUGCGUCUCUCCUAUUCUCUCGAUCUUUCUUUCUUUCGUCUCUCCUAUUCGCUCGUUCGUUCUUUCUCUCUUAACUUCGUUCUUUCUUUCGUCUCUCCUAUUCCCUUGUUCUUUCUUUCUUUCGCCUCUCCUAUUCGCUCGUUCUUUCUUUCUUUCUUUCUCUUUUUCUUUCUCUCGUCUCUCGUAUACGCUCAUUGUUUCUUUCUUUCUUACCUCAUAUUCGCUCUUCUUUCUUUCCUUCUCUCUUUCUUUCUUUCUUUCUUUCGUCUCUUCUAUUCGCUUGUUUUUCUUUCUUUUUCUCUUUCUUUCUUUCUUUCUUUCUUUCGUAUACGCUCCAUCCAUUUUCCUCCUGCUUCCAUCCACCGUUCUUUCAUUUGUUCAUUGUUUUCUCUUUCUUUCUUUUUCUCGUUAUAUCUUCAUUUUCAUCUUUCCAUUUGUUCCUGUGUCUAUCGUAUACUUUUUUCUUCUUUACUUUCUAUUCUAUCUUUUAUUCGUUCUUUCUUUCGUCUUCUCUUUCUCAACCUUUUUCUUCAUUUCUUAUUUCUCUUCACUUUCUGUAUUUCUUGCGUUUAUGUUGAGUGAUUUCUGUUUUUCUUUCGUUAUAAUUCAUUCUUGUUUGUUUCAUUCAUUAUUUCUUUCUUUCUUUCUUUCUUUUAUCAAUUUUCCUUUUUUUAAUCUUUUCUUACACAAUUUUUUAUCUUUCGAUUUUGUUUUCACGAUUUUCUUCUUUAUAUUAUUUUUUCUUUCUUUCUUUUUGUAUUCCAUUUUUUCAUUUAUUUUCGUCUCUUUUUGUGUUAAUAUGAUUCUAUUCCAUAUUUUCUUCUCUUCAUUUCUUUACCAAUUCAUUUCAUUAAAGCAUUCUCUCUCUCUCUCACUCCCUCUGUCUGUCUUUCUACCUUUUUUCUUCAAAUUCCUUAAAGCACUGAAUACAAGUACCCCUACCACCAUCUUGUUGUUGUUGUUGUUGUUGUUGUUGUUCUUCUUCUUCUUCUUCUUCUUCUUCUUCUUCUUCUUCUUCUUCUUCUUCUUCUUCUUCUUCUUUCCCGAAUAUUCACUAUGUUCGCAAUUUUUUCUUGUACACUCAUUAUUUCCCUGUUUCUUUCGACAACGCUAA